CAGCGGCUGGCCAGCCCGGGCCGGGAAGCCAGCCUCGGGAGGAGGCUGUCGCUGAGGGCAUUCCUCCUUUUCAUAUCAGACGGGGGACCCCUGCACCGCACCCCGUGUACAGGCUUCUUAAAGGGAUCACCCGCUUUUCCUUUGAAUCCAUGGAAGCCAGACGUGGGACGCUUGGUGGCCUUCGCCUCCGUCCUUCCUGCUUCCUUCCCAGCUGGCCGCCCGCCUCUGGCUCCCAGGGGCCUCGCAGGCAUGGCACUGACCAGCCAGCCCAGUGCUGACUUGGCCCCUGGGCUCUCUCAGCCCAGGGUGGCAGCUCGCUGCUCCCCUGCUGGGGCAGGGUGGUGAAUCUGGGGACCCACCCGGAGCACCCCUGCCUGCCCAGUGCCGCUGGCCCUCCGGCCCUCCACACCCACGCUGGAGAACCGGGAGGUGGUUGGGGACUCUGGGGGCUACGAUGAGAUGAGCGGGGGCCGCUUUGACUUUGAUGAUGGCGGGGCGUACUGCGGGGGCUGGGAGGCGGGCAAGGCCCACGGACACGGGCUGUGCACUGGCCCCAAGGGCCAGGGCGAGUACUCCGGCUCCUGGAACUUUGGCUUUGAGGUGGCAGGCGUCUACACCUGGCCCAGCGGGAACACCUUCGAGGGUUACUGGAGCCAGGGCAAGCGGCACGGGCUGGGCAUAGAGACCAAGGGGCGCUGGCUGUACAAGGGCGAGUGGACGCACGGCUUUAAGGGGCGCUACGGCACUCGGCAGAGCACCAGCAGCGGCGCCAAGUACGAGGGCACCUGGAGCAACGGCCUGCAGGACGGCUAUGGCACAGAGACCUACGCCGACGGAGGGACUUACCAAGGCCAGUUCACCAACGGCAUGCGCCACGGCUACGGCGUGCGCCAGAGCGUGCCCUACGGGAUGGCCGUGGUGGUGCGAUCGCCGCUGCGCACGUCGCUCUCGUCCCUGCGCAGCGAGCACAGCAACGGCACGGUGGCCCCGGACUCGCCCGCCUCAACGGCCGCUGACGGCCCGACGCUGCCCCUGCCCGUCACCCCGCGCGGCGGCUUCGCGCUCAGCCUCCUGGCCAACGCCGAGGCGGCCGCCCGGGCGCCCAAGGGCGGCGGCCUCUUCCAGCGGGGCGCCCUGCUGGGCAAGCUGGGCCGCGCCGAGUCGCGCACGUCGCUGGGCAGCCAGCGCAGCCGCGUGAGCUUCCUCAAGGGCGACCUCAGCUCGGGGGCCAGCGACGCCGCCUCCACCGCCAGCCUGGGCGAGGGCGCCGAGGGCGCCGACGAGGCCGCGCCCUUCGAGGCGGACAUCGACGCCACCACCACCGAGACCUACAUGGGCGAGUGGAAGAACGACCGGCGCUCGGGCUUCGGCGUGAGCGAGCGGUCCAGCGGCCUCCGCUACGAGGGCGAGUGGCUGGACAACCUGCGCCACGGCUACGGCUGCACCACGCUGCCCAACGGCCACCGCGAGGAGGGCAAGUACCGCCACAACGUGCUGGUCAAGGGCACCAAGCGCCGCGUGCUGCCGCUCAAGAACGGCAAGGUCCGCCAGAAGGUCGAGCACAGCGUGGAGGGCGCCCAGCGCGCCGCCGCCAUCGCGCGCCAGAAGGCGGAGAUCGCCACGUCCAGGUAG